UCUCUCUCUCUAUAUAUAUUUAUAUAUGUCUUUGAGCUUCGGAUCCAUCGGAGCUCUUCUGCACCUCUAGCGCUUUCAAGUCUAUUGCCUCUACACUCUCACAGAUUGAUUUUCAUGGGAACGUGGAAGGAUGACGAUUAUUGCUCAUUCUUAUCUCAGCAAAUUACUUGAGUUUGUUUGCCCAUAGAGCUGAAAGCACGGUUUUUGUUCUCGAACCAGCUGAACUAGUUUGUGCUUCCUAUUGGGCUGAAACUUGACAUUCUUUGUGAUAGUUGAACAUAGCCCGAAGAUCUCCUGCAGUUUAAGUAGAGAACAGUACCGGUAGUUGAGUUGUAGUUCUUGAGGAAACGGAAAGAAAAAUGGAGAAAAGAAGCAACGUAUUGAUGCAGAAAUACGAGGUUGGAAGAGUACUAGGUCAAGGCAACUUCGCUAAGGUUUACCAUGGUAGGGAUAUUAAAUCUGGACAGAGUGUAGCAAUUAAGGUAAUUAAUAAAGAGAAGGUUAUGAUAACCGACAUGGUCAAUCAGACAAAGCGGGAGAUAUCUGUCAUGGGAUUGAUCAAACAUCCGAACAUCGUGCAGCUGUAUGAGGUAAUGGCCACCAAGUCGAAGAUUUUCCUCGUGUUGGAGUUUGUAAAAGGCGGUGAGCUUUUCAACAAGGUCGCCAAAGGGAGGCUUAGGGAGAACGUUGCGAGGAAGUACUUUCAACAGCUGAUUGAUGCUGUUGAUCUCUGCCACAGCAGAGGUGUUUAUCACCGCGAUUUGAAACUGGAAAACCUGCUCCUAGACGAGGACGGGAACUUGAAGGUGUCUGAUUUUGGAUUGAGUGCAUUGGCCGAGUCUAAACAGCAAGACGACUUGCUCCACACCACGUGUGGAACCCCGGCCUAUGUUGCCCCCGAGGUGAUUUGUAGGAAAGGAUACAACGGCGAGAAGGCUGACAUUUGGUCGUGUGGGGUGAUUUUGUUCAUUCUGCUUGCUGGCCAUCUCCCGUUUCAUAGCUCGAACCUUAUGGAGAUGUACAGGAAAAUAAUGAAGGCCGAAUACAGAUGCCCGAGCUGGUUCCCACAAGAAGUGCGCAAAUUGCUGUCGAGGAUUCUCGAUCCAAACCCCCACACUAGGAUAUCUAUAGCCAAAAUCAAGCAACACUCGUGGUUCAAAAGAGGUUUCGAAUCUAGAAAUGAAAAACACACCCCGGGAGAAUUUCAAGCGACUCUCCCAAUCCCAAACCCUAACCCUAACCAUGUUGUUCUUGAUCACACCCCCGAGGAAAAACAAGAAAUGGAAAAACAUUCUCCUACAUACCUAAACGCGUUCGACAUCAUCUCUCUCUCAACUGGCUUUGACCUGUCCGGUUUAUUUGUGAGCCUCGACCAAAAGGAGGAAGUGCAAUUCACAUCUGUGCAGCCUAGAUCAGCUAUCACGGGGAAGUUUGAAGAAAUUGCUAGGAAUCUGAAGCUGGAAGUGACAAUAGAGGGAGGGACGAGAAUGGUGCUGAAAGGAUCUCACGAGGGUGGUGGCAACGUAAUAGGAUUUGGGGCUCUCUCCAUUGAUGUUGCGGUUUAUGAAAUAACAUCAUCCUUCCAUCUAAUCGAGAUGAAACGAUCCAGUGGUAACGUGAUCGAGUAUCAGAACAUGCUCAGACAACAGAUCAGACCAGCCCUCGAAGAAAUUGUUUGGUCUUGGCAAGGAGAGCAAAAUAAUCGUAGCGAAAUUGCUUUGUAAGUUGAUUGUUUCAUGCCCUUAUUUGUCCUAGGCAGCAGUUUGGAGUGUUAUAAACUUAUUACUAUUAUUAUGUUGCAUUUGUCAUUUUCUGAUAUAAAAACUUCAUGUUAUGGAACAUCACCUUUCUGGUUUUUCUUUGUACUUCAGUUCAGUACCACCUUAGCUUGUUUUUGCAUUUUUUUUUGGUAUGGUUUAGGAAAAAAAUUACAGAAUUAUUCAAGAAUCAGGUUGUUUUGAACUCUUCUUUUA